AUGGCAGGAGCAUCAUUAGCAGGAACAGCAUUGACUGAUAAGGACGGAGAAUUUCGUAGAAAGGCAUCACAAUUUAGAAAUUGGAUUACCAAAGAUGGAGAAUUUCAACCUGAAAAAGGUAGAUAUCAUUUAUACGUUUCUUAUGCUUGUCCUUGGGCUCACAGAGCUUUGAUCACAAGAAAUUUACAAAAAUUACAUGAUUACAUUGAUGUUUCAGUAGUUCAUUUUCAUUUAGAUGAUAAUGGAUGGAGAUUUAUUACUGAAGCUAAAGAUGAUGACAGCGAAGGUACCAUUGAUCAUGUUUAUCAUCUUGAUAGAUUAAGCAAACUUUAUUCAAAGGCAAACCCUGAUUAUGAAGGAAGAUGGACUGUUCCAGUCUUAUGGGAUAAGAAAAAGGAAACUAUCGUUAGUAAUGAAAGUGCAGAAAUUAUCAGGAUGUUGGGAGAAUUCGAAGUUUUAACUGGUCACAAAGUUGAUUUGUAUCCUGAAGAAUUGAAAAGUGAGAUCGAUGAAUUAAAUGCCUGGGUUUAUGACAACAUCAAUAAUGGUGUCUAUAAAUCAGGUUUCGCUACUAGUCAAACUGCUUAUGAAUCGAAUGUGGUAAAUGUUUUCAAAUAUUUAGACAAAGCAGAAAAUAUCUUGAAAGACAAGUAUGAAGGUAAAGAUGAUAAGUUCUAUUAUUUGAUUGGGAACCAUUUGACUGAAGCUGAUAUUAGAUUAUUCACCACUAUCAUCAGAUUUGAUCCAGUUUAUCAUCAACAUUUCAAAUGUAAUAUUAAAAUGAUUAGACAUGAUUAUCCUUUUAUUAAUACUUGGAUGAAGAAGUUAUAUUGGCAAAAUGAAGCUUUCAAAUCAACCACUGACUUUGAUCACAUCAAGAAACAUUAUACCACAUCUCAUCAUUCAAUUAACCCUUAUGGUAUUGUUCCAUUAGGUCCAAUUCCAAACAUUCUCCCAUUGUAA